CUUCAGUUCACCUCAAUGCGAACUUUAAUUUUCAUGUUGACAUUCUUUGCUUCAGCAAUAUCUUGUCGUCCACCUCCUGAUAUCACCCAUGGAUCCAAUAAUGCUCUGAUUGGAGAUGAUUUUUCCUUUGGCUUAAAAGUAACUUACAAAUGUGACCAGGGCUUCUCUCUUAUUGGAGAGGCCUCCAUUCAUUGUACAACGAAAGAUAAUGUCAAUGGAGAGUGGAGUGGACCUGCCCCUGAAUGCAAAGUUGGGUGUCUGAAGCCAGAGGUGCCAAAUGGAAACCUGCUCAAUGCAUUGGAUGAAAAAAUGUGGUACAGUGUGAAUGAAACCAUUCCUUUCAAAUGCUCUCCUGGGUACCAGCUUUCAAGCCAUUCCCACCUGCCUGAAACAGACAGAUUUAGUAUUACUUGUUUACAGGACGGCAGCUGGACAGCAUUACCAAAGUGUAACAAGCAAAGCACUUCUGAUGUGUGUGAGAUGGUUCCUGAGAACAGAGAGUUCAAAGUGUGUGGUAUGCCUGCGGAGGAACUGAGAACUCUGCUGGAAGUGCAGAAACUGUAUCUAGAGAUUGAGAAACUGAAGCAGGAGCUAAAGUCACAAUGAAUUGCUGAGACCUGUGAUCCAUAUUGUGAUAAACUGUCUCCCCUUUGGAUGCAGUUUAUAUAAUUUCACUACAGAAAAGAUAAUUUUUACUGAUGUUAUAGAACUUGCUAAUAUAGCUAAUAACUCAGAAUAGGCAGUAAAUCAGGGAUCAGAUUUCCUUCCUGGGUGCUGUUUUUAGGAUUUUUUUUUUUUUGUUCUUUCCCCUUGAAUUUCACAAAUUUUGAGUUUCCACUUGAUGAUAAACUAGGGAUUUCAGGUCCUUGUACAGGUUUUAGGGGUUAUAGUGAAGGAUUGAGUUGAGAUUUGGUUUUGCUUGAAUAAGUUAACCAAGUAGCAUGGAAGCAAAUUAUCAGUUGAUACGAGCUUUAGACCCUGUGCAAAAGGAAACUCAAGACUAACUUUAGCUUUGUAGACAUCCCACAAUUGCUGCUUACAUUUAACUUUAAUGCACCAAAACGUACACAUUCAAAGUGGUGAAUGGGUAUUUAAAUGCCCGAUUUCCAUACACCUUAAGAACAGUGAUGUUAAUCAAUUCCUGCACCACUCUAAAAAUGCCACAAGUACAUUAGGAGUAGAUGAGAAGCAACCAUCUGAGCCAUUUCCCCAAUAAACAAUAGGGGUGUUCUCUAACCUACACCUUUGUGAUCAAAUAAUUAUUUCUGCCCUGCAGGGCUACAAUAAAAUGCAAUUGUAAUAACG